UUUGUCGAAAAUCAAGUGAUUUCAUUCAAUUCUAGAAUAAUGCUAGGUCUAUAUUAGGCCUACCAGUGCAAACGUCGAAAACGUCAACGCUAAAUUAAUAAUACAGACACAAACAAUGUUGUUUUCUCAUUAAAAACAUGGAUGUUUGGAUUGUUUUGAAUUUUCACCGCUCUCAAUCGCUGCUGCGUGACAGCCGUAUCCAUGGGAACGACAUAAACCUGCCUGUUCGGCUAAUAGCCAACGCUUUGUUUCUGUUGUUUUUAUCUAUUAUUUUUGCCGUUUUAGGGGGAUUUUAAUGGCCCACGCGAUUGUUAUGUUUCGUGAGAAGGUAGAACACGAUGAGGCUCGUUUGGGGGAGACUCGGAGGGUUUACUAGCAGUUUUUGGUGACUUGUUUGGCUUCCUGUUUCACUGUUUACGGCCGGGUAAGUAAGUGAUGUAAGUAUUUAAUAGUGGCAUGAGGAGGUGAUCACCUUCCCUUCCUGUUUCUCCUGUGUUUACACCUUAGCACCCACACAGAGCGGUCCUGGAAAGCCUGCAUUGCCCCUGCUACUUCUGCUCCACACUGACUGAGCUGCGCAGUGCACUUUAAGAACAUUAUCCCCCUUUAAUCCACUUUGCCUUCUGCUACACAAAGGUGGACAGGGUGCCACAAUCAAACAACGCAUUUUAUUGCUCUUUUAUUUUGGAGACAGAUGAAUUUCUCACAUUGAACUUUUAAUGCUGGAUUUCAUAGCCUCUGUUUAAGUAUCCUUAAUUAUCUACUGUUUGUGAAUAGCAGUGAUUCAUCCCCUCAGACAUGGAGGACCCUGAUAUACGACAACAGAAGCUCGACAACCAGCGAGCCCUUUUGAUGAAAAAGCAGCAAAAAAAGAGAGCUGAUUCUCAAAUGGUGGUAGCCAAUCGGGAUGCUCGCCAAAAGAAACAGAAGCUCAAAACUGUGUGCUCCGAUCAAACACCGCUGCUGAUCAGCCAAUCCCUGAGCAACACUUCCCUCACUGAUCAAGUUGAACAUGCCCAUGAUAACCCACUGGAUGAGAUCCUGUUAGGUGAAGACAACACAACAGCAACUAUGAAGUUUGAUGAGGUGCCUUCACAGAUUCCUAAUACUCCCAAAAAAAUGAACUUGGAGAUUGACAAAGAGCCUGAGGUGAAGUGUGAAGUGGAGGAUAACGCUCAGGGUGAGGGGAAAAAGCCAAAGAAGAAAGACGUGAAAAAAGAAAAAGCCAAAGAGAUCGACCAGGAUGAUGAAAAGGAACAAGAGAAGCAGAAAAAGGAGAAAAAAACAAAGAAGAAAGACAAAGCGAAAGAAUCUGAAGACCCACAGAAGACAACCAAGAAAACCAAACAAGAGCGAAAAAAGAAGCACUUGCAGGAGGAGUCGAGCCAGGAGGCAGAGCCAGUGGGGGAUGUGGGGAGUCCAAAGAAGAAUAAAAGCAAUGAAAGUGAAGCUGAAGAGACAGAAGGGGCUGAGAGGCCUGCCACUCAAUCGCCUAAGAGGAAAAAACAACUCCACACAACCAGGUGCCAAAUAAGUGACGAGAGCAAAGACGAGGAAAUCCAGAAGGAGAAAAGGGAGAAGAAGAAAAAGAAAGCAGAGAAGACCGCGCCAGGUCUCGGUUCCCUUAACUCCAACUACAGAAAGGGUUCAUCGUCAAACAGUGAAUCCGAUGACAGAUCAUCGUCUCCAAUUUCAGUGGAGGAUCUGGAGAAGUUUGCGUUGCGUCCGGCCUCCAGGGAUGUCACCAUCCAGUGCAGGGUCACCAGGGACAGGAGAGGCAUGGAGAAGGGAAUGUACCCCACGUACUACCUCCACAUGGAGAAGGAGGAUGGCAAUAGGGUGUUUCUAAUGGCAGGCAGAAAAAGGAAGAAGAGCAAAACAUCCAACUAUCUCAUCACCACGGACCCAGUUAAUCUUACCAGAGACACAAACUGCUACAUAGGGAAACUAAGGUCAAAUAUUCUGGGUACAAAGUUCACAGUCUAUGAUGGAGGUGAAAACCCGGAGAAAAAGCCGUUUGUCAAAGAGUGUGAAUCAGUGAGGCAAGAGCUGGCAGCAAUCUGCUAUGAGACGAACGUGCUGGGAUUUAAGGGUCCCAGGAAAAUGACAGUGACCAUCCCCGGCAUGUUGGAGAACGACGAAAGAGUGUCCAUUCGCCCAAAGAAUGAUCUUGAUACUCUUCUGGCCCGCCAUGCACACAGCAACACUGACAAUCUGGUCACGCUGUUGAACAAAUGCCCGAGCUGGAACGAACAGUCUCAGUCGUUUGUGCUUAACUUCCACGGUCGUGUCACGCAGGCCUCGGUCAAAAACUUCCAGAUCGUCCACCCUGAAAACGAGGAUUACAUAGUGAUGCAGUUUGGCCGGGUAGCAGAGGACGUCUUCUCCAUGGAUUACAGCUUCCCCAUGUGUGCCCUGCAGGCCUUCGCCAUCACGCUGUCUUCUUUCGAUGGCAAACUGGCCUGUGAGUGAGCCAUGCUGUCGUACCUCACUAUAUCCCUACUGUUGAAAGAAACCUACAGUUUAAAUGACAAGGACACCCAUCAGUUUGCACAGUGUCAUUUUUAUUUUUUAGUUUCCUGGUGCUUUGUAACAUCAUGUAAACACUAAAUAUGAAAAGCCUGCCACAGACUUAGACUUCAGAGACUUGUUUUAUAGGUCCAGUAUUAUUUUACAGCAGAUUUUAUAUGGAAGUUUAAUACAACACAAUUAUGUAAGUCAUUUUAUGUAAUUGACUUGUCUUUCUUUUUAUAUUUGCCAGCUGUGUAAAGGACUUAAAAUAUUGGGGACAACAGUGUAAAGACUACAAAAUAUUAAAUGACGGUAUUACAAGGUUUUAAUGUCCAUGAAUGUUUUUUUAUUUAUUUAUUUUAAUCAGGAAGUGUCUACUGCGUUUAACAUGAUUAAAGGAUGUUUUCA